GUUGAGAAACGACGCAGAACAAUGGAAAGUUCAGGCUCUUCCCAGCUUAUAUUUAAGUUAUUAGACCCUGUCCCUCAGUAUGUAUUGGGCUGCUUACCAGCCAUAGUAAUAAUAGGCGCAUCACCGAAAAAUAGGUUUAUGGUAAAGUUAGCAUGGUUAUUUCGAUGCCUUGGGUGCCCAUUUACAGGUGCUGCGCCAAAAUAUAAUAGACCUUUUGUAGUUAAUGAUAGUCAAAUCCAAAAUGCAGAUGUAAAAAGCAAUAUAGAUCAAUGCACAGCAACGGCAUCUGUGUUGGAAAGAUUGUCUUCAUUGGCACCCCUAUAUUUUAUUGUAGUUGGAGUAUUAGCAGGAAUUUCUAAGACGAUGGGAACGAUUAGCUGUCAAGGUUGGCCAUAUAUACCUUUAUUAUUAUCCUGGACAAUCCCAGCAAUUUUGAGAAGAGCAUUUUCAGAAAGUAUAAUAAUUGAAAAAUCUCAAAUAAUAAUUAAUGAAGACCAAGAAAGUAGAACGCAUAAACGUUAUACCGUUGCUGUAACCGCCUUUAUAUCGAUAUUUUAUCCUUGGAUAGCUGUAUUUUUAGCUUAUUUUACACCCCCAAUCGGAUACUAUUGUCGUAGAGAAAACAACUUAACCAGUAGUAGUCGAAGAUACUAUCAUAUUUGGUUUGCUUUUUGUGGGGUUAUAGUAGCAAUUCUUUUGCUAGUCCUAGGUUUGCUUGCUAAAAAUAAUCAAUGGUGGGUAGAUGUAUUUGGAAAUUCAUGUAGCGUUGCAAGCAUAGGAUGCAUGUGA